UGACUCUGGAUCACUGCCCUUGUUUUCUUGACGUCCAGAGGCAUGAAUUCGAUGAUAGGGAGGAGUUUCUGAACCGACACCCGGCACCGGUCGGGGUCCCUGUGGGACGCCUUCGACCACCUGCACCCGGGAGGAGGAGACUGGUCCGUGACGGGGGAAGAUGCGAGGAUGGUGGCGGGCAGAGUGGAGGCUGGAAGUGGGCACAGGAAUGUGUGGAGUUCAGCGUAUGCUGAAAUGUGAUAUAGAUGAAGACCUGAAUGAGAAAAGGCAGGGGAGAAAAGAACAGGACAGAGAACGCUGAUAAAGACUCAAUGGAGCCCUUCUAGUGAAACUCCCCUGGGACCAGGACCGCUGCAACAGGAAGGAAGAGGGAAGAGAAGCUCUGCGUCAUCAACAUGAAGUCGGUGACGCCCCGCCAGCACCGCCGGUCCCCCUCUGCUGAUGCCGAGCCGGAACCCGAAGCAGAGGAACUGGACUGGGACGGCUACAGCGCCACACUAGAGCCCAGCUUGGCAGCAGAGCAGGAGAGCGCGCAGGCGUCCGAGCAGCACCGCGCCCGGCUGGAGAAGGCCGGGCGGGAGCUGGAGCGGCAGCUGUCCGGCCUGUCGGGGCGCCUGGAGGAGGAGCAGGGCUGCUCGGCCCAGCUCGCCCUGCACCGGGACCGGCUGGAGGCGGAGUGCAGCGGCCUCCGACGGGACCUGGACGAGCUGGAGAGCGCGCUGGCGGCCGCGGAGCGCGACAAACAGUCCUCGGACAGCGAGGUGAGGAAGCUGUCGGAGCGGUUGGUGCAGAGAGACGAGGCGCUGCAGCAGCUCCAGAAGGAGAGGGAGCAUCUGGUGGAGCUCAGCCAGCAGGCCAUGGAGGACCUGCAGCUGGAGGAGGAGAAGGUCGACUCUCUGACCAAAGACAGAACCAAGCUGCAGAUGCAGGCGGAAGACCUGGAGUACCUGCUGGAGCAGGAGCGCUGCCAGCGAGGCGAGCUGGAGCGGAGCAGGAGGAAGCUGGAAGGCGACAGCAGGUCCACGCAGGAGAGUCUGGGAGAGAUGGAGAAGAUGAGGCGGACCCUGGAAGACCUCAUCAAAAGGAAGGACCUGGAGAUCAGCAGCUGCAGCUCCAAGCUGGAAGCAGAGGAGACCCUCAACACGGACCUGCAAAGGAGGAGCAAAGAGCUGCAGGCUCGCAUUGAGGAGCUGGAGGAGGAGCUGGAAGCGGAGCGGGCCGUGAGAUGCAAGGUGGAGAAGCAGAGGGCUGACCUGACCAGAGAGGUUGACGACCUCACCGACCGACUGGAGGAAGCCGGAGGGGUCACCGCCUCGCAGAUGGAGGCCCAUAAGAAGCGAGAGGCCGAGCUGCAGCGUCUGAGGAGAGACCUGGAGGAGUCCUCGGUCCAGUCGGAGGCCCUGGCCGCGACCCUGAGGAAACGGCACGCCGACGCCAUGGCCGAGGCCGGCGAGCAGUGCGAGGCGCUGCUGCGGGUCCGGGCCAAGCUGGAGAAGGAGAAGCAGGGCCUGAGGGCGGAGGUGGACGAGCUGGCCGCGGCGCUGGAGAGCGCGCAGAAAGCCAAGGCGUCCGCAGACGGGCAGGUGAGGAAGCUGGAGGAGCAGCUGGCGGAGGCCGUGAGGAGAGGCGACGACCUGCAGAGGACGCUCACCGAGCUCAGCGUGGCCAAGAACAGACUCACAGCCGAUAACGCAGACUUCAGUCGACUCAUGGAGGAGGCUGAGGGCAGAGCCAGUCAGCUGACGCGCUCCAAAACGCUGCUCCAAAGCCAACUGGAGGAGCUGAAGAAGCAGGUGGACGAGGAGGUCAAGUGUAAGCAGGCGGUCGCCGGCAGCCUGGGCUCGGCGCGGCAGGAGUGCGAGGCCCUGAAGGAGCAGCUGGAGGAGGAGCAGGAGAGCAAGCAGGAGCUGCAGCGCCUCGUCUCCAAGCUCAACGGCGAGGUGACGCACUGGAGGACCAAGCACGAGUCGGACGCCAUCCAGCACGCCGACGAGCUGGACGAAACCAAGAGGAAGCUGGCGAUCAGGCUCCAGGAGGCCGAGGAGGCCGUGGAGGCCACGCAGGCCAAGUGCUUCUCCCUGGAGAAAACCAAACAGAGGCUGCAGGGAGACGUGGAGGAGCUCUGCAUGGACCUGGAGAAGGCCGGCAGCUGCGCUCAGGCUCUGGACAAGAAGCAGCGGCUCCUGGAGAAGCAGCUGGGCGACUGGAAGCAGAAGUGCGAGGAGCUGGUCGCCGAGGUGGAGGCCUGCCAGAAGGAGAGCCGGCAGCACGCCGGCGAGCUCUUCAAGCUCAAGACGGCUCACGAGGAGUCGCUGGAGCAGCUGGAGGUGCUGCGCAGGGAGAAUAAAGCCUUCCAGGAGGAGAUCGCUGACCUCACCGACCAGCUGUCUGACGGAGGCAAGAGCGUCCACGAGCUCCAGAAGGCCAAGAGGAAGAUCGAGAUGGAGAAGGAGGAGCUGCAGGCGUCGCUGGAGGAAUCUGAGGCGGCGCUGGAGGCUGAGGAGACCAAGGUGCUGAGGCUGCAGCUGGAGUUGUCCCAGGCUAAAGGGGACCUGGAGCGCAGAGUGCAGGAGAAAGAGGAGGAGAUGGAAGCCGCCAGAAAAACCCACCAGCGGGCAUUGGAGUCUGUGCAGGCCAGUCUGGACGUGGAGGUGAAAGGCAGAGCGGAGGCCCUGAAGCUGAAGAAGAAGCUGGAGGCCGACGUCAACGAGCUGGAGCUGCAGGUGGACCUGCUCACCAAGAGCAACGCCGAGCUCAGCAAGAACGGGAAGAAGAUGCAGCAGCAGAUCAAGGAGGUGCAGGCCCAGCUGGAGGAGGAGGUGCGGAGCCACGAGGAGCGCAGGGAGGAGCAGGCAGCCACGGAACGCCGCUGCCUCCUGCUGGCCAGCGAGGGAGAGGAGGCCGCCGCCGCCCUGGAGAGCGCCGAGCGCGCCCGCAAGGCCCUGGAGGCGGAGCUGCAGGAGGCCAACGAGAAGUACAGCGACCUCAGCAACCAGUUUCAAUCGGCUCUGAGCGGGAGGAGGAAGCUGGAGGUGGACCUCCAGACUCUGCAGCAGGAGCACGAGGAGCUGCAGGGGGAGCUGAGAGGAUCCGCGGACAAGUCCAAGAAGGCCGGCGCUGAGCUGGCGAGGGUGGCCGAGGAGCUGCGUCUGGAGCAGGAGCACUCUCUCCACCUGGAGAGGGUGAAGAAAGGCCUGGAGGCCCAGAUCAAGGACAUGGGCGUCCGGCUGGACGAGGCCGAGCAGAUGGCCCUGAAAGGAGGCAAGAAGAUCAUCCAGAAGCUGGAGGGAAAGGUGAAGGAGCUGGAGCUGGAGCUGGACACGGAGCAGAAGCGCCACGCCGAGACGGUGAAGACGCUGCGGAAGAACGAGCGCCGGCUGAAGGAGCUGCUGUUCCAGACGGAGGAGGACCAGAAGAACCAGCAGCGGAUGCAGGAGCUGGUGGAGCGUCUGCAGAACAAGAUGAGGGCCUACAAGCGCCAAGUGGAAGAGGCCGAGGAGCAGGCGAACAUGAACCUGGCCAAGUACAGGAAGACCAUCCACGAGCUGGAUGACGCCGAGGAGCGGGCCGACAUCGCCGAGUCAGCGCUCACCAAGAUCAGGACCAAGAACAGAGGCAGCUUUGGCAAAGGCUACUCUUCUGGAUACAGCACGCCGUUCCCCGGCCUGGUCAGGUCUCCCAGCUCUGCGGGCUCCGAGGGCAGAGGGGAGAAGAUCCUCAGCGACGACAACGAGUCCGUGAGCUCCCUCAUCCCGGCCUAUCUCAACUCCCUCAAGAAGCUGAUGAUCGAUGAUUAGGUCUGACUGUCUCCUGAAGACAUUAAACUAUGUGUGUGAACCUGUACUGUACUGAUCAGUGUCCUCAUUAUACUCACUCCUUCUUCUUCAUUCUACUUUAUAAUGUAAUUUUUGCGUGUAGAGACAGUACUCAGAGUCAGUCAUGUCAUAAAUUACAUCAACAAUCAGUUUUGACUUGUAACUGGCUUAUAAAUGAGUCCGAAUUAUAAAGCAUAAUUAAGUGUUUCCAAGUAAAAUCUGCAACAAGGUGCUAUGGAUGCUUUAGCUCAGAGCAUCAAUAUCUAAGUACAUUAAGUCCAAAUGUAUCACAUAUUUUACUAUCUGUUAUAACCUGUAAUGAGGCUUGAACAAACCACUUUGUUGUUUAAUGUGAAUGAUUUUUUUUUGUAGUAAAUAAAACCCAUUUCCAUUGG